UUAAUUUUGGUAUGUCCCACGCAGACCAGAGGCUAUAAAUAUCUCUUGGACGUCACACUCCUGCGACUUCAUCUUUGUCAGUGAACGAAAUGGUGUCUUACUUUCUUAUAGCUAACCGCUUCCAGCAAGCCUUUGGCCAUGGGCUGCGGCGGUUUCACAUUUCCUCUGCCAUGUGCCAGCAAGCAAAGGUGGCCAUGAGUCGGUAUGAGCCCAAUGAUUAUGUCAACUAUGAAACACUUCAGAAGAAAAUUAACAUUGUCCGCACAAGGUUAGAUCGCCCUUUGACUCUAUCUGAGAAGAUUGUUUAUGGACACCUCGAUGACCCUGUCAAACAAGAGAUCGUGCGUGGUAAGACCUACUUACGACUUCGACCAGACCGGGUUGCUAUGCAGGAUGCUACUGCUCAGAUGGCCAUGUUGCAAUUCAUUAGCAGUGGCUUGCCAAAAGUAGCAGUGCCUUCAACCAUCCACUGUGACCACCUCAUUGAAGCCCAGAGUGGGGGAGUAAAAGAUCUAGCAAGAGCAAUAGACUUAAAUCAGGAAGUGUAUAACUUUUUGGCAACAGCUGCAGCUAAAUAUGGUGUAGGGUUCUGGAAGCCUGGGUCAGGAAUCAUCCAUCAGAUUAUUUUGGAGAAUUAUGCAUAUCCUGGUGUAAUGCUGAUUGGUACAGAUUCCCACACUCCCAAUGGUGGAGGUCUAGGUUGCAUUGCCAUCGGAGUAGGUGGAGCUGAUGCUGUUGAUGUCAUGGCUGAUAUCCCGUGGGAGCUCAAGUGCCCAAAGGUGAUUGGACUAAGGAUUUUAGGCAGUCUCAGCAGUUGGACAUCACCCAGGGAUGUUAUUCUGUCUGUGGGUGGGUUGUUGUAUUUGAAAUUUGGAACUGGAUCCAUAAUCCAAGAACAUGCUGGAGGGAUAGAUUCCUUGUCUUGCCUAGGGAUGGCUACUAUAUGUAAUAUGGGAGCUGAAAUUGGUGCCACAACGUCAGUCUUCCCAUACAACCACAGAAUGAAGUCUUAUCUUGAAAAGACUGGACGAGCAGGUAUUGCUGCUCUGGCUGAUGAGUUUAAAACCGAUCUUGUCCCAGAUGAGGGCUGUGAAUAUGACCAGCUUUAUGAAAUUAAUCUCAAUGAAUUAAAGCCACAUAUAAAUGGACCUUUUACUCCUGAUCUUGCUCAUCCUGUGUCAGAUGUUGGAACUGUAGCUGAGAAGAAUGGGUGGCCUUUGGACAUCAAAGUGGGCCUGAUUGGCAGUUGCACCAACUCUAGCUAUGAAGACAUGGGCCGUGCAGCCUCAGUUGCCAAGCAAGCUCUGGAUCAUGGUUUGAAAAGUAAAUCACAGUUCACUGUAACGCCUGGUUCUGAGCAGAUUCGUGCUACUAUUGAGAGAGAUGGCUAUGCAGAAAUACUGCGUAAAGUUGGAGGUGUUGUACUCGCUAAUGCUUGUGGACCAUGCAUUGGACAGUGGGACAGAAAAGAUGUAAAAAAGGGUGAGAAGAAUACAAUCGUGACAUCAUACAACAGAAACUUUGUUGGCAGAAAUGAUGCUAACCCUGCAACACAUGCUUUUGUGACAUCUCCUGAGAUUGUAACUGCACUGUCAAUUGCUGGCACUCUAAAGUUUAACCCUGAAUCAGAUGACCUAACCGGUGCAGAUGGAAAGAAAUUUAAAUUACAACCACCUAAUGCUGAAGAAUUACCAAAAAAGGAUUUUGAUGCUGGACAGGACACCUAUCAGAAACCACCCGAGGAUGGUAGAGCAGUUUCUGUGGAUGUGAACCCUAGUAGUCAACGCCUUCAGCUGCUAGAGCCCUUUGAUAAGUGGAAUGGGAAAGACUUGACUGACAUGCAAGUUCUGAUCAAGGUGAAAGGAAAAUGUACCACUGACCAUAUUUCUGCUGCUGGUCCCUGGUUAAAAUUUCGUGGUCAUCUAGACAAUAUUUCAAACAACCUGUUAAUUGGAGCAGUUAAUGUAGAAAAUGACAUGGCAAACAACAUCAGAAACCAAAUUACACAAGAAUUUGGAUGUGUCCCAGAUGUUGCACGUUACUACAAGAAACAUUCCAUUAACUGGGUAGUGGUUGGAGAUGAGAACUAUGGAGAAGGAUCAAGUAGGGAACAUGCUGCCUUGGAACCAAGACAUCUUGGAGGCAGAGCUAUUAUCGUCAAAAGUUUUGCUAGGAUUCAUGAAACAAACCUGAAGAAACAGGGCCUUCUGCCUCUCACCUUUUCAAAUCCUAGUGACUAUGAAAAGAUCCAAACUGAUGACAAGAUUUCUAUAAUAGGACUGAAGGAAUUUGCACCUGGAAAGCCUCUGACGUGUGUUAUUAAGCACAAAAAUGGAAGCCAGGAGACCAUCUCCCUGAAUCAAACCUUCAAUGAAACCCAGAUAGAAUGGUUUAGAUCAGGAAGUGCUCUCAACAGAAUGAAAGAACUACAGCAGAAGUCGCACUGAAACCUGUCAACAUUCUGAAAGAGUGGACAUUAAUGUUUAAAACUGACUUAAACUCAAGCCACCAUGAUGAGCUGCAAAACUGGUUAAUAACAAUAACUGGUUAAUAAUAAUGGUGAAAAGACAUUCACCCAUAUAACUUAUUUGCUUCUGUUUCUUCUUCCAUUUGGAUGAUGUGCUGUAACGAGUUACUCAGAAUGGACAAUCAAGAUGAAACCAACUCCAUAAAACAAUUAGAACUAAGUAUGACUGAUGGGUACUUCACCUGUGUUAACUUUGUGUGUACUCCAACAUGGAAUGUUGUUGAGGUUCAUGUGUGCUAGAAAUAAAGUCCAACAGACCCUUAAGUAAAAUGAUGUGUAGUAAUCUGAAACCUAAGAUCUGUCAGGAAUUCUGCUACCAAGUUUAGUCUGCAUUCUCCUUUAUUCUGACUGCAUCAUGAUGGAGUUUAAGGUUUUAUUACAGAUGCUAGUUAAAUACAGUUCAGAGUAAAAGUAAAUGGGCAAAAAACUAAGGUCACUGCUGAAUAUGUCAAAUUUUUGCACUCUACUUGUCAGGCAUUUAUUUUUGUUUUACUUCCUCCGUUCUUGUUUCUUACAGGAUGUGACUUGAGUAUUGCAUGUAUAAAUCUUAACUUGAGUUGGUCGUCUUUGCAGUUUCCUUCUAAUAGGUUAAGAACAUCAAGGACUUUGUGUUAAGCAGGCUCGUCUGCAGAAUGUGGACGUGUCCAGAAAGAGUGGCAAAUAGUGUAUACCUGGAAAUGCACAGAUAUUUCUAGUACAUCCCAAAAGCACAUUUUGAAGAGAAAGUGAAUGCAUGCCAGUACUGUUAGGUUCAGGCAGCUAUUUGAAUUGACUGCUGUAAAACUGACGGUCAGCUCCAGUUGUGAUACAAAGACUGCACUUAAAUCAGAUUAAAAUGACACUUAAAUAGGAAUGUCAGAAAUAUUCUGCUCUUAAAAUCUGGUUUGUAAUUCUGGUGAAUGUUUCAGUCAUUGUCAGAGGUAUGUGGAAGUGUGUGCUAUAUGACUGCUAAAAUAAAGUUUUCAUUCAUAAAUA